UUCGACUUUUUCGCUAAUUUGUUUUGUUUCUUUUUGUAUACAUAUGAAUCUGCGUUCUCGUUUCCCCCAUUUCCCUAUGCUCUCUGUAUGCCUUUUGUUGUUGUUGGUAAACAAGGUUUAGUCACAUUUUUCUGAUUUGCACACUUGCGCCAAUUUACAGCUGAAUACAUACACUUUUAUUCUCUCUGGCAUCUGCCGGGAGCUAAUUGGGCAUGAUUGAGUGAGCAGGUGUACGUGUUUGCUGCGGCGGGGGAGUGGCUACUGGUCGUGGGUUUAAGCUGUGAUAAUUGGGUCAUCACAGAAAUUUGUGUUUACUUUAAUUUAUGUUUAAGUUCUACAUGGCAUUUACUAUUAGUAAACCUUUUAGUUAAGUGUAUUUUAAGACUGAUCAAUCUUUUCCUAUAACAUUGCUUAUCUUAUCUGGAUUCAAGGUUUUAUGUUAGAUUUAGUAAUCAUUACAGGAAGUUGUAUAUAAUUUGAUUUUACGUUAAUCUCUUUUGAAGUAACCCAAAGUUAAACCUUAAUUUCAGGUGUCUUUUGGUUUCUGUGCUUGCAUUUUAAUGAUGAGCUUGCAGGUACCACAGACAAAUUCAAAAUCAAACUUGAGUGCACUUUAUAAUUAUGCAGACUGGAGCAAAACACAGUCCGAGUUCCUCUUUAAGGAGAGAAGAGAAACAAUGAACUCAAGAGACGAGAUCUCAUAUCGCUCAACUGGGAACAAAUAUAUAUAUAUGAGUAUGUUUACAGUGCAAUUGUACCCCAUUCUCUACAUUCGCUUCAGAUACAUUAACCAAAGCAAUAGGAACCCCCAUACAUGUGUAUAUACAGGCAUAUAUAGAAACGCCUGGGUAUUGGGGUCUGGUGGCAAUCUCAUGUGCCACACAUGUUUCAGUGGCCGCUGAAUUUCUGGACGCACUUCUAAGAUUAUUUUUCCGGAGAGCAAUCAGUUGAUGUUUUGUUUCUGGAGCGAAAUUAGUUUAGUUUGAUUCGUUGACUCGCCAGAACCGGAGAAGAGUUGUCCCAGCGGCUGAUGCAUUUGGGAUUAGGCAGGAACUUAAUUACCCAUCCCCGCUGAUCACUAAAAAUUCGGAAUAUGGAAUAUCAAGGGAAUCGCUGGAUCCUUCUGGUUCUGUGUGCCCUCGCUUUGGCUUCGUUCUCUCAUGGAGCCAAGGUCCUUGUGCUGUUUCCCCACGCCAACGAGGGUCACUUUGCGGUGAUGCGAACUCUUGUGGCGGAAUUGGCCAGUCGGGGCCACAAUGUUGAAGUGUACACUGGCCAUGGCCUGGGGGAAUCCCUGGAUAAUGUCACAGAAACAGUCACGGGAGAAUAUCCCUUCUGGAGCGAGUUGCAAAAGCAGGCGGCUCCUAAGGGAAACCUUGCCGAUCUUGGUCGUUUGCCCAUCGAAAAUCUCCGCCAGUCGCUAGCCAUCGUUGGUGCUCGAGCGCUGGACCACUUCCUGGCCCAAGACCCAGUGCAGAAGCUACUUAAAAUGUCCUACAUUGAGUUCGACUUUGAUGUGAUCCUCGUGGACUACUUUUACACGGAGGCCCUACUGGCCCUGGGUCUUAUCCACCAGCGACCAGUCGUUGGCAUCAUCUCUACAGACUUUGGCAACUACAUGGAUGCGGUGCAGGAGGCGCUAGUGCCGGCGGCUUGUUCUCCUAUAGACUCUGAACUUGAAUUUCCCCAGCUGGGCUUUUCUGAGCGCCUUGGAAAUAUCCGGGAGUGCAUUUCCCGCCGGAAACAGUUUGCCAAGGAUCACUACGGGGCUCAGGAGGAACUGGUGGUCAAGUACUUUAAGCAGCGAUAUACCAUUGCCGAGCUGCAGGCCAGCCAGCUAUCGCUGCUCCUGCUCAACAGUCAUGUCCCAUUGAUGACGCCCCGGGUGAGUAUCCAGCAGAUCGUACCCGCUGGCGGGCUCCACAUUCGGGGACCAAAGGAGCUGCCCUGGAAUGUCAAGCGCUUCGUCGAGGAGGCUCGGGCUGGAGUAGUCUAUGUUCAGCUGGGAAAUGAGCAGCCUUGUGGAGAGUUGCCCAAGGAGAAGCUGCAGGCCCUGUUCACGUUCUUCUCCUCCCGAAAAGAGGGCAUUAUCUGGACCUGUCACGAUGUGAAGACCCUGGACGACUUGCCCAAGAAUGUGAUGAUCCAGCAUGCAGUGCCGCAGAUAGACAUCCUGGCGCAUCCAAGGGUGAAGGUAUUCCUGACCAACGGAGACCUGCUCAAUCUACAGGAGGGAAUUGUAAGGAAUGUGCCAAUUCUGGGACUGCCUCUCUUCCACCACGAGAGAAGGAAUAUGAAUUUGGCCGUUAAGUUGGGCGUAGGCCUGGAGUUGGCGGAGAACAAUGUAACCAGCACCUCCCUAACCUGGGCAGUGGAGAGGCUUCUUCUGGAGCCUCACUUCCAGUUGACCAUUCGAGAAGUUUCCCUCGAAUUUCGAGACCGUCCCCUUGGUGCCCUAGCCAGCGCCCUAUUCUGGGUAAACUACGUUGUCCGGCACAAGGGAGGAGCAGCGAUGCGAACCCGUGGUAUUGGCAUAUCCUCCUGCCAACUGCACCUUUUUGACCUUUUUGUGUUCUACGCUGCAGUGGCUACCCUCCUUGUGGGCCUGGUGGCCGUCCUGGCAUUUGGCGGCUUCUAUAUUUGGCAGAAAAAGAACAAUGCCAAGUUUACCAAAGUAAAUUAAGUUUAAUAUUUGGAAAUAAAGUACAUCCAAUGCUA